AUGAGUAAUAGAAAAUCUGUGGCGGAACGUUCCCGGGAAUCGAAAAACUACUAUCUUUACUGCAUCAACUUUCAUGGCAGUGGUCUUGAAACAAUUAAAAAUGUCUUUAAAACCCAAGUGCAGACAGGACUUCGUCGGCCAGUUUUUAUAAUUGAUGUAGAAGAAAUACAAAACAAUUCGGAAUCGGAAAAACGCAACUCCAAGGAUUUCAGCAUACAUGGAGUGCAACAAGCCAUUCAAAAUUGUUGCCAAGAAUUUGUUAAGGUUAAAAAGAAAAUAGCCGAGGAACUUCAAUUUAAUAUCUAUGAAUAUUGGCUACGAGAUAUUGAGCAAAAAGAAAAAGCUUCGCAAGUUAUUGAUAAUGCUAGUCAAAAGGAUAACAAUUCGCUGAGUUUAAAAGAAUCGGGUAAAAUCAGUGCGAAAAGGAAAUCAAAAACAAAAAGAGUUUCAAGAAAAUCAGAUGCAAGCCGUCAAACUCAAAAUGAAAAUGCUGACAAGGAAUUAGAAUGUAUCCCUUUGGUUGUGAGAGCACAUAAUCGUGUGGGUCAAGGAGAAUUGUUGUCCAAAAGGAAGUACAUUGAAGACAAUCCCCUAGACGGCAAAUUAUAUAUAAUAAUCAUUGGCCAAUUGCAUAAUGAAUUUUAUUUGGAAUUGUUAAGAAAUGGGCAACCAAUUUUAGGCAUUGUGAAUUUUGUCCCAACCGAAAGUAAUUAUGACCUGAUGAUAAACAAUACAAAACUACACUCUUUUAUAGAAAUGACUUUGGAAUGCAUUAGCAACGCGAAUUAUGAGUAUCGCCAGAUUGUCACUAUGAAACCUGUGGGUCUGUUUACCCAUCAUCUACCAAUUUUAUCUCCCUGCAUGGCCAAGAAAUUACAACGCGAUAUUUUUGAUCAAUUGACCUGGUCGGUUUAUGACAUAGAAGUAUUAUAUCAACAAUAUCAACUAUACUAUUUCAAACCCUUUGACCUUUGCAAUGUCAGUUUACCCUUGGAUGUGGACUUAAAGGAACUUCAAAAAGUGGCGGAAUCUUUAAAUUUGCAAGGACAUUUUCAAGAGCAUUUACUGCCCGGCAGUUGCUCGGACUUAGCCACAGUUGCUGUCUAUUUGAAUGAUUUAUUGAAUACCUGUGGCCCACCACAGCUAAAUUACAAUGACAGAGAUCUGAAUAUAUUAGAUUUCGUCAGGGGAAACAUCAAGUCUCCCGGUUCGAUUUUCUCUGACAUUGUGAGAAUCAAGAAAUUUGGUCGUUUCUUUGUGGAUGGUGGAAAUAAUUUCCUAACUAAUUUACUAAUCUAUAAUGAACCCCAUCAUGGUGUGACAAAUCUACGUCCUCUAUUUCUUGAUUAUAAUUUAUGGAAGCCAUAUAUAGCAAGAAAACAUCCAAGAGAUCUUGAAGUUGCAGCAUCAUUGAAAACUUUUGAAAAUAUGACCAUAUCUCUACCGGGUUAUAUUCAGCUAUAUCUCUCCGAAGUUAGCUGUGAUCAGAAAAUUUUCGAGUUACUAGAAACCCAUGAUACCGUUCACAUAGAGGAAAUUGAGAAAAACUGUAAAUUAUAUACCCUCCAUAGAACCUAUAAUCUCGUAGAGGAAUAUGAGGAAAUGUUCGUUAUACCCAGUCGUUUAUGUUUUCGUGAUUUUACUUUAUUUCAAAAAGACGAAUUUCUUGAAAAUCUAAUUACACCCGAAAUGCGUAAAGCUAAACAAGAAGAAGCUGAACGGCAUUCACUCGAACAAGGUGGCUUGGAAAAGAAAAUGGAAAUGCUAGAAUUAGAUGAAGAGAUUUUUAUACGGCCAAAUUCUUUGAAAGCUUUAAAGUUGCAAGAAGAACGAAGAAGCACUGUGACUAGUCAAAACAAGGAUGUUCGCAGUAGCCGCACUACAAGCAGACAAUAUGACAAAAAACUAUCCAUAAAAAGUGAUAAUCAAAUAUCCCAAGAUUGGGUAGGUCUACCACCGGAACAUCCCUUGCUAAAGGGUUACAAUUUGGAAGAUAUACGUCAGGAAAUCAAAGUGCGUACCUCAAAAUACUAUUUUGAACAUGGCCACCUGGAAUUAUACACCGACAAAUGGUGUUUUCAAGAGAUGAAUCAAACACUGAAGAUCUCAAUUUUCGAUUGCCAGUUAUUUCUAAAUCGUCCACGUUAUCAGGAUAAAGGCAUAUCAAAUAAUAUUCGGCUAAAAACUUCAAAUAAUAUUGAUAUAAGAAUUUUUAAUGAAACUGAAGCUAAUUCUCGCAUUAUUGUGAAUUAUCCCAAUGGGUUAAGUGUUUUCUAUCAUGAAAUGUUUUGUGAGCAGCUAUGGAAUAAUGAUUAUACCUUCAAUGAGGAAAGACGCAGAAUUAUCACCCCUUAUGGGGUGGUAAUUGUUUUCUAUAAGACCAACAAUUUGAUUUUAAUAAUGCGUUAUAAUGGCGAAGUCUAUAGAUUGUAUCAAUAUGAUAUGGAUGCCGUGGAGGAAGAAGGAGAAGAUAUAUUAAGUGAAUUUACAAAUAAUCAAAGUUGGGAAAAUAUCGAUCCAAAUGGUCGAGGAGAUUAUUUUCGAAAGGGCUCAACAUGGCACAAUGUUGUGAAGAAUAUUUCCAGUAAUGAUACUUCUAUUUCGAAGAACUCUUCAAAUACCACUAAGAGAUGUGAAGGUUUGAGAUAUUCUAUUGGUGAUGAAUUGAAAUUUCUGGAGUAUAUCUGCACCUUAUAUGACCUCGGUUAUAUUCAUCUCAAAAUAACUACAUCUCAGGGGAGAAACAUUAAUUUGAAUCGUCAAGGAAAGAUUUAUGAAGAAAAAUCCCAUGAUAUACAUGAAUGGCAUGAUUAUUUUGCCAAUGAAUCGUAUUGUGAACGUGGUGAUGGUGUCAAAAUGAUUUGGACCCAUGAUGCCCUUCGGUGUUAUCAUCAAGAUGGUACCCUAAUAACUACAAAAACUGAAGAGAAAAUGGAAAUCUAUGGAUCAGAUGAAUUUGAUAAUGAAAUUUCACAAAGUUCUUCACACAAUUUAAUGGAAGAAGAGGAAAAUGAAUGUGUUUUGAAAUCGGAAAAACGAAAGCCCAUUUCAUCUUUUAAAUUUUUAAAUACAGAAUGCCCCGAAGAGUGUAGAGAAGAGAAAUUUGUACAUUUUCUUUGUAAUAUAUCCUUAAUAGAGCAUUCUUCUUAUGCGGCGGUCCACAUUACGUGGUUAGACUCUUCCAUUCCUAAACAAAUACCCAUAAUCAUGGACGUUUUGGGUGUGGAUGAUAUUAUUUUAUAUACACUUUCCUCAGAGAAAAAAUCAAAUUAUUUUGAAGAGAAAAAUACUGAAAUAGAAAAUGGAAGUCUAUAUAAAAAGUCAGGUGAUGUAGUUGUUCACCUCUGGAUUGGUGACAAAUUACAUUUUACUGUUGAUCAGCAAGGUUUUGAAAUGUCUGGGGCAUUGGAACCCCAAUCGCUUUCGAAGGAGGUGGAGAAGAACACAAACAGUGAUUCCUUAAUAUUGACAAUGUCAUAUGUGGAAUGUUUAACGGAUGCUUUCAAAUAUUUGGUAAAUCAAAUUGCCACAUUUUACCAGUACAAUGGUCAAAUAAAAAUGCAACAUUAUUUUGUCAAGAGACAGGGGAAGGGUUUUGAAUUCCUUGAGGCGUUACCUCCACCAACUGCUUACACAUAUAACUGUGGCAAUUGUAUUCUGCAAACCCAAGAACUGAAGACGGUUUACGAAUUAAUGCAACAAAAAAUUGAAAAUUUUGAAGAAGAUAUGAACAAAUUUCCCAGAUUUCGUAAUAAGAGACCGCACAAAAAAGAAAUGGGAUUUCCCAUAAUUAAUACUUUAAGUGUUCAUUGCAAAAUCCCAACGCAACUGCAAAACACACAAAAUAUUUGCAAAUUUUUGGAAACAUUCGAAAAUCUCGAUUUCAAAAAAUUAAAAACUAAACUUAAAGAACUUGUUGAAUUGCAUUUACGUCCCCAUAUUGAAUUGAAUAUCAAACUUCAAUAUAGCAUAAAUGCAUGGCAAAAACGUCAUCAGGAACAUGAGAAACGCAAAUUUAUGGAGUUGCAAAGAAAAGGACUUUAUCAUGCAAUGCUUAAACAUCGGUUGUAUCCUAAAUAUUUUGAAUUCCGCACACGCUAUGAUUAUCACGUGCGGUAUGUUGACUUUUUCGAAUUUGUACAAUCGAAAUGCCAAAAUCAAGAAGUCAAGCGAGCAGAGGUAUAUAGGAAUUCAAAUUCCAAAAUAAGUUGUCAAUAUCCGAAAUCGAAACGAGCCAAAUCACAGUGUAAAUAUGGAACAUAUGAUGAGCCGUAA